UAUUUCUAAAUUCGUACCAUGUUCAUCUCCACCAUCAUCUGAGCACGAUAACGAACAAAGCAAAGCGAAAAAAACCCUAAUUUUGACCUGUUCGUAUAUCAUUUUCUCAUCUUCUACUGAUCUCUGGUUUCUAUAUCGAACUAAAUAAAAAAUCCUUUCAUGGAGAUAGCAACAAGGCGAAGCAGAGUCGUACUUGAGGUAGCUGUACUUUCCCUAAUUUGCGGUGUUUCAUUGGUCUUCGCUGGAGAUAUUGUACACCAGGACGAUAUAGCACCUAAAAGACCUGGAUGUGACAACAACUUCGUUCUGGUGAAAGUUCCAACUUGGAUUGGUGAUACCGAAGAAGAAGAAUUCGUAGGUGUAGGUGCCCGAUUUGGACCUACUUUAGAAUCAAAGGAGAAGGAUGCUACUAAAAGCAGAGUUACCCUUUCAGACCCUCCUGACUGUUGUAGUACACCAAAAAACAAGCUUACGGGUGAAGUUAUCCUGGUGCACCGAGGUAACUGCAGUUUUACAGCCAAGGCACAUGUUGCUGAAGCUGCAGGCGCUUCAGCAAUCCUUAUUAUCAACAACCAGACACAACUCUUCAAGAUGGUAUGUGAAGCAGAUGAAACCGAUGUGGAUAUUGGCAUCCCUGCAGUGAUGCUUCCACAAGAUGCUGGUGCAAGCUUGAAAGAGAGUCUUGAGAACAAAUUAAACAUUUCUGUGCAAUUAUACUCUCCAAGAAGGCCAUUGGUUGAUGUUGCUGAGGUGUUCUUGUGGCUUAUGGCUGUUGGCACCAUACUGUGUGCAUCUUACUGGUCUGCUUGGAGUGCCCGAGAAGCAGCUAUUGAACAGGAUAAAAUAUUAAAGGAUGCUUCUGAUGAAUACUUGAAUACAGAGUCUUGUAGAUCAAGUGCUGUGGUGGACAUUAACACAACUUCUGCUGUUCUGUUUGUUGUGAUUGCGUCUUGUUUCUUGGUGAUGCUUUACAAGUUGAUGUCAUAUUGGUUUAUUGAGGUUCUGGUUGUCCUAUUUGCCAUUGGUGGGGUCGAGGGUCUGCAAACAUGUUUGGUGGCCUUGUUAUCAUGUUUCAAAUGGUUUGAAGAUUCUGCAGAAACAUUCGUGAAGGUUCCAUUUUUGGGAGGUGUGUCGUAUUUGACUCUGGCUGUUUCUCCAUUCUGUGUAGUAUUUGCCGUUGUAUGGGCUGUUUAUCGCAGAAUAUCCUUUGCUUGGAUAGGUCAAGAUAUACUUGGUAUUGCGCUUAUAAUCACAGUAAUCCAGAUAAUACGAGUGCCUAACCUCAAGGUGGGAACGGUUCUCCUCUGUUGUGCGUUCAUGUAUGAUAUAUUCUGGGUGUUUGUUUCCAAAUGGUGGUUCCAUGAAAGCGUGAUGAUAAUGGUGGCUCGUGGCGACAAAAGUGGAGAAGAUGGGAUCCCGAUGCUACUGAAAAUUCCACGAAUGUUUGAUCCUUGGGGUGGAUAUAGCAUCAUUGGAUUUGGUGACAUCAUAUUGCCAGGGCUAUUAGUCGCCUUUUCUCUAAGGUAUGAUUGGCUGUCAAACAAGAGCCUGCGAGCCGGAUACUUCUUAUGGGUGAUGAUUGCUUAUGGAUUAGGUCUGCUAAUUACCUACAUUGCUCUGAACUUGAUGGACGGCCAUGGUCAACCUGCCUUGCUUUACAUUGUUCCUUUCACAGUUGGUACGUUGCUGACGUUGGGGAAGUACAGAGGGGAUUUGAGGCACUUGUGGUCAAAAGGAGAACCGGACCGGCUUUGCCCUCAUGUUCAGCUUCAACAUGAGGAACAAUAAAGUCCCGUUCCCCUUGUUGCAUAUGCAAAUAAAAAAAAGUUGUCCCUUUUAGAUAUAAUAUAAUAUGUAAGCGUGUUGUUGGUAAUCGCCGGUGAUACAUUGAGAAACAAACAGGAUAGUUAGAUUAGAAGAGUUUCGGUUGCUUAUUGUUGUGUAACUUCAUACACCAACUUAAUGUAUUUCCACAAAUACAAUUAUCUCA